AUAAAGAGGACCGCACACAGGUCUCGUACGCAUUAUACGCACGAUUGGAAAAGAGGGAAAUUAUAUCAACGACAGCGGCGACUCACCAAGACAGUGUACAAUCGGCAAAUGAAGUAUUUUUCUAUUGCAUUUUCCGAAAUUCUCUAUUCGUUAGUUUCAAAGUAAACGGCGCUUCAGUGAAAGUAUUUUUUUUCGUUUAAUCCUCAUCAAAUUUGUUUUCGCGCGGACUCGAAAGUAAUUGUGAUAAGUGAACCUUGAUUUUUCCGUUAAAGUGUCAAUCCCAUUGUUGCGCAGAUAACACUAUCUCGCGCGGCCUGCUGGUGCAUCCCUUGCAGCAAACAAAAAGAUUCUACAAUCAAGGUAAAGAGGGGAAAAACUUACAAUAAAACGAAAGGAAUCGGGUCGCAGCCAUGAAAUCUGUGAUCGCAUUGCAACAAUUUAAGAAAUGCAUCAUCUUAUUUGCGGUGGGCAUUGCAUGUAGUUCUUUAAGUUACAUAAUUUACGUUGUGGAUCCCAUAAACAUGUUAAUAGAAUAUAAUCUACAAAUGGUAUCGCACUCUUUGCUCUUCUCAAUAUGGAAGAAACUACCUGUUAAUAUUUAUUUAUACGUGUAUAUAUUCAACAUUACCAAUCCAGAAGAGUUUCUAAGCGGCAAAGAAAAGCUCAAAAUUCAAGAGAUCGGACCAUAUGUCUAUCAAGAAUUCCUUGAAAACAGUAACAUCACGUUUAACGAUAAUGGCACGAUGAGCUACAUUCCCAGAAGAACGGUAACUUACGUACCCGAAAUGUCAGUUGGCAAUCCUGAAAAGGACAUAGUUAAUGUCCCAAAUGUACCUUUUUUGGGUGUUUUAUCCGCUUUGCAUGAUGCCGGAUUUUUCGUGAACUAUCCUAUAGUACAGUUGGCGAACGCGAUGGGUGCCAAAUCAAUCCUGAAUAUUUCGGUGUACGAUUAUCUGUGGGGUUAUGAGGAUUCAAUGGUGACAUUGGUCAGUGGAAUCGUGCCAAACUUCAUCAACUUUCGAAAGUUUGGUCUUCUGGACCGGAUGUACGAUGACGGGGAAAAUACCGUGACGGUAAAUCUUCGAAAGAAUGCUAACAUGACGAGCGAAAAAGGACGAUAUCUCAGCAUUGACAAGUACAAUGGCAGCCCCGGAUUGGCGCAGUGGGGAUACGUUGAAACAGAAGGCAAUGAGACUCGAGAAGGGAAUUUAAUUUGCAACACGAUCCAAGGUGCUACGGAAGGUAUCAUAUUCCCAUCACACUUAGAUAAGCAUGUUAUGUUCAGAGUGUACAGAAAAGCAUUUUGUCGAACGCUACCGAUUAUAUUCAAGAAAGAAGUGUUUACGGAAAGUGGCCUGCCAGGAUAUCUUUACACUCUUACGGAUGACUUUGCUGAUACGCCUGAUCAAAAUCCGGACAACGAAUGCUAUUGCCGCAAGAUGAAGACCUGUCUAAAAAAAGGAUUGUCUAAUGUAACACCAUGCUAUUACAAUAUCCCGGUGGCACUAUCUCUUCCACAUUUCCUUGAUGCUGAUCCGAGUUUGCCGGAGAAUGUAGAAGGUCUUAAACCGGAUCGAAAGAAGCAUGAAUCUUUCGCAAUAAUACAACAAACAAUUGGUAUGCCCAUAUAUUUCCAUUCAAGAAAUCAGAUAAAUUUGAUAAUGCAUCCCACACGCUACAACCCUAAGAUUGCAGCUUUUAAUAACAUGACGAUACCUUUAUUUUGGUCCGAUAUGAAUAUUCAGUCUUUGCCGACUUAUCUUCAUAUAUUAUUAAAAUUAAUACUACAAAUACUACCAGUCGCACAGACAGUGUUGAUGUAUCUGCUUGGUAUUAUCGGGGUGACGACAAUAAUGCUGUCGCUAACGUCCGCUCUACGGAUGCUCAAUGAGCAACAACAGGAGCAAGAGCAAGAGGCGAUCAAAAGUCUUGAUAAUCCCGACUUGAAAAUACCUUUGUGCAACGGGGGAAAUCAAUACACUUCGAUAAAUAUUUUACCAGUGAUCAAGAAAAUUACAUCAAAAACCGAUUUGUUUACAACGGAUUCUCCGUAUUCUUAACAAUUCUUAUUUUACAUGUUUGUAUUAUUAAUACUUUUAAAUUGUGUGUAUCUUUAACACAUCCUGCGUUGCUUAUCUAUUUACUUCACAGUUGUCAUUUGACAUUGGGGAGAACUGACAAUGGAAUAGACUAAGAAGAAAUUUUAAGAGAUUGUUUCGUUCUGACAAAUUAAAAAUACCAAGAGUCGCGAUUGUAGUUAAAAACAAAUGUUUUUGCAUGUGUAAUCAAGUAAUAAUAAAAAUACAGAAGAGUUACGAUCUUUUUGUAAAUAUAUGUUUUAUUGUAAUUUGAAGCAAUUAGCUUGGAAUGAAACGAACUAAUGGAAUCUCUUUAUCUUUGCAAUCCGUAGCAUCGUAAUGACAUAACAUUCCAUAUGGUAAUUAUUAAAAUACCAUGAGAAAGAUUUAAAUAAUACAUGCGAUUAAAUGUACAUAAUAUAUACAUAUAUACGGAGACUAUGUUUAAUUUUUGAUAAUUUGUCUAUAAUGUAAGAAAUAAUAUUUUAUGUUGAAUUAUUAUAUGUUAUAUUUAAACAUAGACCACAAAAAUGUAGAUAAACAUAGAUAAGAUUUUAUUGUACAAAUUUAAUUAAUUGCACUUCAAGUAUAUACUAGUAAAAUAAUUACCCAAGUGUUGUGAUAAAUAUAUUCCAUUCAGUUAGACAUGGAAUUAAGAGCAUCAGAUUAUAUAUAAGCUAUAAUUACAAUUCAUAUAUAUAUAGAUUAUUCGUUUGCAUGUAAAAUUUCUAAUAUAAUAUAUUUUGUUUAUGGGAACAUGAUAAAAUUUUAAAUAAUUCUAUAAAAAUAAUAAAUUAUUUUAUUAAUAUAAUUUUUAAGUUAUUAUGGUUUAGUUUGUAUACUCAAUUAGCAUAUGUAAAUUUAUACGUAAAUGUAAAAUUAUAUUUCGCAGAUUAUAAACACAAUAAAUAAUUAAUUAAGAUAAUA